AUGGCGACACCUCCGUCUCAGUUCGCAGCUCUUCUUCGUCAGUCUAAGUUCGCGUCUUUUGACCCUCACAUUGGUCAGGUCUAUGUUUCAUAUGGCGGCCAUGCUCACCGAGGGAAUUGGGGCCUCAAGCGUUCGUUGCCGCUCCGUCGACGAAGGGCAGCUGUAACUGUUAAGACCGUGGAUUCGAGACAACAGCAGACGGAGUGGAAGAGUGCGGAGCCUCAGGAUAGGUGGAUCAAGAUGUGGGAUGAAGUUGGAGUCACGCCUCGCGUCGACGCCGGCUCUUGGAUGAUGAAGCUCGGCCCGCUGGCUGGUCUACAGUGGGAAACAGACUCGGAGUUCGCGCAGGGCACAAGAGGUAUGCAGGACAUUGACGGUAUGGAGAAGGAGCUGAGGAAGAAGAGCAAGGCUGUUCCCAACAUUAAUGCCAUGUCUAAGACAGAGCGCACGCGAUACAUGGAGGAGCUGAGGGAAGCAAGGCCGGAAUUCCGCCAAUACUUUCGAGUGCAGCAGAGGAUGAGGGAGAGAGGUAAAGAUACGGACGAGGCUGCGGUGGAGGCUGAAGUCGAAGCGGAACCAGAGGACGCACAUCCAAUCUCCCUAUGGGAGCAGUCGGAAAAUCCCAACCAUUUCCAGGAGUUUCUUGAAAGGCGCGCGGCCAAGAAGUACAAUGCUCUCAACGCACACAUCAUCGAACAACGGCCUCAACGAUUCGGAGGUUUGGUCUACGCGCGUUCGUCUCAAUUGCAGUCUCUCUUCCUCUCUCCACCUCGAGCGGGACGUGUCCUACAGGACCAGGGAAGCAACUCAAGGCCUGGGUCGCGCCUUGGUGGCCGUACUGCGGACGAAGAUAUGGUUGCCAGCUUCGCUGGCAUGACGUCUUCGCUCAAUAAGAACAACCGAGGCUUGGCUAUGCCGGUUGACUGGAAUCUCCUGUCGUCAACUGGCGAGAGAAAUCCCCAAGCUAGUAUCACAGAUUUCCGGCUCGCUCAAGCUGAACUCGUGGGAGCUCCGGAGACAGUUGCAAAGCACCCGACGGGUAUCAAGAGCGUGCAUAUGCGAACGGAGGUGGAACAUUGCUCUGCAGGUGAUGGUGUAUUGGCACAAGCCAACCCUCAUCAACCUGGCUCGAGAGAAUACAUCGCGCACGAAGGCCAUUCGGUGAACAAAACAAUGUCCAUGAUUCGACCGACGCCCAAGAAGGGUGCUAGCUUUAAAGCUUCACCCACGGCUAAAGUGGACCUUCUUGUGACGUUGAACAAAGUCGUCGACUCCAGCGAGUCGAAUACGUAUUCUUGGGCAGAAAAGCCAUUGUAA